AUGGCGGGAGGUUAUUUUGACCUUCCGAUCUCCCGCAGCGGCUCUGAUGAAAGAUCAUCAAGCCUAUCGAGGUCGCGUUCCUUUGCAUCACCGCGGUCCAGUGAUAGCUUUCAAGGACAACCCGUGUCUCAGACGUGGAGACAAAGUGACGCAAGUGCAGAGGAAAAGCAUCGGAAUGUAGGCAUUCUGAAAAGCACGAAUCGCACGAAGCUUACGGCUAACGAACUUAAGCCUAGAGAACAGAGUGGGCAUACGGUCGAAUUCCGACUGGACCAAAGGGGCACCGAGCUGCCGCAAAGACCAUUACCCACUGCCAACAUUCCUGGCUUCCAGGAAAAGGUCUCCUUAAGCUCCCAGUCGGCAACGCUAGUGGAAGAUAAUCCCUCUAGCGCAUCAGUUGAGGUAGCCGGUCUGACGAUCAACACCAGAAAUAGCUCUCCGGGCAGUCUAGGGGAGUAUCAGCUUGAUAAGGGUACGAAUGACAAGGGGCAAGCCAUCUGUUUCGCACAUGCGAGGGCCCAGAAACUCGCAUCCCUUCUCAAUUAUUCACAGAAAUCCCCGAGGCAAAAUCCACGCUGCAGCCUAGUGUCAUCCAUUACCCCCACUCCCACUGAAGUGGUGUACCCACUUGAAGAUGGGGAUGGAUUUCCUAUAAUCAGUUUCUCCGAGAAACAACAACUCUUUGACGACUUAGACGAACAUGAAGCGGAAUUCCUAGAUCAAGAAUCAACAAACCGCACAUCUGAAGCCCAUUAUCUAGUGCAUCAAAUGUCACCUCGUGACCUGAACUUUUUGACUCGCCUUCGUUCUCCUUCUCCCAACUUACAAUCUGGCGACCAAGAGACUUUAAGCGAGGAAAGGGACUCAUACGAAUCCUCUGAGCGACCGACGCAUUACCGCAGGGGCAUCCUUUCAUCGCUACUCAAACUUUACGACCAACCUCACUCUCGCCAUAGUCGAGAUCGGGGGCGGUAUGGCCACUUUCGAAAGAGCAGCUUUUCCGAGUUCAGUGGACGUGGCCUGUCCCCGGACUCUGUUUGGAAACCGCAAAGGAAGUGGUACGAUAAAUCUUCUGCUCGUUCCAGUAUUUCCGUAGCUGGCUCAUCCCGGCACUCCGGAUCUCCUGCUAUGCUCACACGCUCCCGCAGCAGUGGUGCUGCCAUUCCGAGUUUGGAUAGCCGCUCACGUCCUAAGCGUCAGUUCGAAGAUGAACUUCAUAUCACUGUUCAUAUUGCCGACCUUCUGGCUCGACAACGGUAUUUGAUCCGGCUUUGUCGUGCUUUGAUGAAGUAUGGAGCUCCAACACAUCGUUUGGAGGAAUAUAUGCGCAUGACAGCUCGUGUCAUCCAAAUCGAUGGCCAAUUCUUGUAUAUACCCGGCUGCAUGAUCAUCUCCUUUGACGAUGCCUCUACACACACAACGGAGGUGAAAGUCGUCCGGUCCAUUCAAGGUAUUGACCUGGGCAAGUUGGCCGACGUGCAUGAAAUCUAUAAAGAGGUGAUUCACGAUGUCACUGGAGUUGAAGAGGCAAUACAGCAGCUCGAUGAAGUUAUGAAAAAGCCGAGCAAAUUCCACACUUUGUUUCUCAUCUUUGUCCACGGCUGUGCCAGUGCGUCCGUUGGGCCCUUCGCCUUCAAUGCCCGACCGGUUGAUAUCCCAGUCGCAUUUUUGCUGGGGUGCCUCCUCGGCGUGUUGCAACUGAUCUUGUCAACCAAAUCAAGCUUAUACUCAAAUGUGUUCGAGAUUUCCGCUGCAGUACUGACGUCGUUUCUGGCCCGUGCCUUUGGGAGUAUCAAGUUUGAAGGCGAACCUUUGUUCUGCUUUUCUGCUCUCGCACAAUCAUCCAUCGCCCUCAUCCUGCCAGGUUAUACCGUACUAUGUGCUAGUCUGGAGCUUCAGUCACGCAGUAUAGUUGCAGGGUCUGUUCGAAUGGUCUAUGCUAUUAUAUACUCGCUAUUCCUCGGGUUUGGCAUUACCAUCGGGACUGCCGUGUACGGACUCCUCGACUCCCAGGCCACAACAGCGUACACCUGUCCUGCCAGUCCCAUCCACAACGAAUAUCUGCAGCGGUUCCCGUUCGUGAUUGUAUUCACUGUGUGUCUGGCGAUUGUCAACCGUGCCAAGUGGAAGCAAAUGCCAAUCAUGAUGCUGAUCUCUCUGGCCGGAUAUGUGACCAACUACUUCAGCGCCAAGCGCCUGUACUCCAAUACUCAGGUAUCCAAUGCCUUGGGCGCGUUUGUCAUUGGCGUAAUGGGCAAUUUCUAUAGCCGACUCCGCCAUGGAGUUGCCGCUGCAGCAAUGCUGCCCGCAAUAUUUGUCCUUGUUCCGUCUGGCCUUGCAGCUAGUGGUUCUUUAAUAUCAGGCAUCACUUCUGCAGAGGAAAUGACUCGGUCUCCAAGUGCGGUCGUCAACAAUGGAACACAGGGAUUCGUCGAUGCGGCAAAAAACCUGUCAACCGACGAGGCGAGAGACCAGAGCUACGGAGUGGCUUUUGAUAUAGGAUAUGGAAUGGUCCAAGUCGCCAUUGGCACGACGGUUGGUCUUUUUCUAGCUGCUUUAGUGGUCUAUCCGCUAGGCAAGAAACGAAGCGGUCUCUUUAGCUUCUAA